UCUCCGAGGACCUUCACAUUAAGAUCUUAUUUUUCUUUCUUCCCACAGCACAAGGAUCCCACUCACUUGCGCCUGGACCGUACCUCUCUCUCUCCUCUCUCUCUCUCUCAUCUGUGCCCUUCAAGCUUUUCAUGUUGUUAAAGGCUUGUGUGGAGGGUCAAUGCAAUCUUAGCAUUUUCACUUGGCUUGGUGCAAUUUUACUCAAGUGUGAGUUGUAACCAUCGCAAACUUAGUCUGUUUGACCUUUAUAAGAGGGAAUUUGAGUUUGGGUGUCUGGAAUCCGGUACAGUGAUGGAUUGCAACAAGGAAGAAGCUAUCCGGGCCAAACAGAUUGCGGAGAAGAAGAUGCAAAAUAAGGACUUUUGGGGGGCUAGAAAGGUUGCACUAAAGGCCCAGCAACUCUACCCGGAUCUGGAAAGUAUUUCACAGAUGAUUAUGGUUUGUGAUGUGCAUUGCUCUUUCGAACACAAGGUUUUUGGAAACCAAACGGAUUGGUAUGGCAUUCUGAAUAUUGAACCAACAGCAGAUGAAGUUUCAAUCAAGAAGCAAUACAAGAGGUUUGCUCUUUUGCUUCACCCGGAUAAAAACAAGUUUUCCGGUGCAACAGAUGCCUUUAAGUUGAUUGGGGAAGCUCAGAGGGUUCUUUUGGAUUCUGGGCAGCGAAUGUUACACGACAGUAAAUGUAAGGUUUCAAAAACUGUGGCGCCUAGUUGGGGCCCCCAGGGGGAGACUCAACCCACAUUUCCUAACGACCAACAGGCUUUCUGGACUGUCUGUCCUCUCUGUUCUGUGAGGUACGAAUAUCCAAUAUUUUUUCGCAACAAACUUUUACGAUGUCCAAAUUGUAGAAAUGCCUUCACUGGCCAUGAGAUUAAGGCCCAACAGAAAGAAGUUCCCGAUCAGGGUGCUUUUAAGGCCAACCUUGGGGGUAAUUUUGUGAAUAAUGCAUCCAAAGUGGGAUCUCAGGGAAAUCUCAGCAGUGGGGUCCGAAAAAGGGAGUCGGUCCCAAAGGCAGGAGCUUCUGACGUUGGGGGGAACUCUAAAACCAAUGGAAAAUGUGGUGUUGUGGAUAUAAAGGUUAAUAAAAAACUUGGAGUUGAGGAAUCGAAGUCUUUUGGAAGAGAGAAUGGUAAGAAAAGGAACCAGGUAACAAAAUCCAGCGAAAGUUGCUACACUGGAAGCAGCAGCAGUGACUUUGAAAAGGAUAUUAUUGAAUUGGAUAGAGAAGUUUUUGCAAAACAGAAUUUAGGCUCGCGGAGAUCUACUCGGUCCAAACAGCAUGUUUCCUAUACUGAGAAUACCAAUGAUAGUGGUGAUGAGAAUUUAGCGGAGAAUGAUGACUGUGGGAGGUCUUGGAAAAGGGCAAAGUGCAGUGGGUCAUUUUGUGCCACUCAACUUGAAGAACAGGGAACGAAAAUCGAUAAACCUGAUAAUAACAAGGAGAACUUGCAAAAUGAUAAAGAAGAAACUAUGAAGGCAAACGGUGAAGUAAGAACUACUAAGGAUGGUCCCAAGAGGAGUUCUGCAGUUAAGAUUGAGAGUUCGUCAAAUCCAAGCCUUAACAUGGAAACUGAUCCAGAAACCUAUGAAUAUCCUGAUCCAGAUUUCAGUGACUUCGACAAGGAUAGGAAAGUAAAUUGUUUUGCAGUUGGGCAAACUUGGGCUGUUUACGAUGGUCUGGAUGCCAUGCCUAGAUUCUAUGUGCAGAUAAGAAAAGUUUUCUCACCUGGGUUCAAAUUGCAAAUAACUUGGCUAGAGCCAGAACCAGAUAAUGAGGAUGACAUUAAAUGGAUUAGUGAGGGUUUGCCUACUUCAUGCGGUAAGUUCACGCACGGGAACUCGGAUAUUAUUGAAGAUCAUCUUAUGUUCUCGCAUUUGGCUUAUUGUGAAAGGGGCAGCGGAAGGGACACUUUCAAGAUAUAUCCAAGGAAGGGGGAAACAUGGGCCCUCUUCAGAAAUUGGGACAUAAAAUGGAAAACUGAUGUAGACAGCAAGAGGAAGUAUGAAUUUGAGUUUGUGGAAAUCUUGUCAGACUAUAAUCAGAGUGUUGGUGUUUCUGUUUCAUACUUGGGUAAGCUGAGGGGCUUUUCAUGUCUCUUUUGUCGCAAAGGGAAAGAUGAAAUGGUUUUUUCGUGUCAAAUUCCAUCAAAUCAACUAUUCAGAUUCUCCCACAGGGUUCCUUCUUUUCAAAUGAGUGGUGAGGAAAGAAACGAUGUUCCUAAGGGAUCUUUUGAACUGGAUCCCGCUUGUCUUCCUACCAACCUUGAUGAGAUUGACGCUGAAGAUUUGAAAAUGGAGGCUGCAAAAAUAAAUUCUAAUAUUUCUUGUUCUGAACCUUCAGCAGAAGAGGGGGAAGAAGCUUAUGAAAUUCCCGACCCAGAAUUUUACAACUUUGAUGAUGAGAAAUGCCCUGAAAAUUUCCAGAUUGGUCAGUUUUGGGCAUUAUAUAGCGACGAGGAUGGCUUGCCAAAGUACUAUGCUCAAGUUAAGAAAAUCGAUAGACCAGAGUUUAGACUGCAUAUAACAUGGCUUAUUGCUUCCCCACUGCCUAAGAAUACGACUCAGUGGCUAGACAAGAGUAUGCUCACUACUUGCGGCAGGUUUAGUCUCGAAAAGGGCAUAUCAAAGGUAUAUACCGAUAUUGCCGCCUUCUCUCACGAGGUAAAAGUGGAACAUAUGGAUAAGAAAGGUGAAUAUGCUAUUGUUCCUAGGAAAGGCGAGGUUUGGGGAAUGUACAAGAACUGGAAUGCAAGAAUUACACGCUCCAAGUUGUUGUACUGUGAAUAUGAAAUGGUGCAAAUCCUCGAAGAAAAUGGAUUGGACAUAAAGGUUUUGGUUUUAGAGCCGGUGAAUGGGUUUAAAACAGUCUUCAGGGCUCAAAUGAAAGAAGGAUCGCCUGUCACCUUGAAGUUUCCUCUAAAGGAGCUAAUCCGAUUUUCCCAUCAAAUUCCUGCUUUCAGGCUGACAGAAGAGAGGGGGGGCAGCUUGAGAGGGUACUGGGAACUACAUCCGGCGGCAUUACCUGUUUAUUUAUUGUGCUCAAGUUGAUGUGGCGGUGAAGAAUCUUAUCCCCUCUUGUAUGUUGUUGUACAAAACACUUAACUAAGCAACACUGGGGCAACUGUGUCCUUUCUGCACAUGGUAGGUUUCUUUCUGUUAUUGGGGGUUUUCUCGAUGGAAGACUCCGGUGAAAGCCCAAUCGGGUAAGUCUUAGCUUGAGUUACUGCAAAUGGUGGGGGGGUAUCAAAUGACUGCUAUUGUCUAACCUUUAGGUUCAUAGGGACUUCUUUAUCUUGUAGAUACUUUCGGUACCCAAUUUUCCUCUCAACUCAAGCAUUAUCUACAAGUGUUGGCAAACCCAGAGUUGGCUUUAAAUUGUUGUUUUACUCGUGCUUAACUUAGCUUAUUUUUAUUUCCUUACUCUGGACUCCUGAGAAAUAGUCGUGGAGGAACCGUACUAAUGUGAUAGCAUUGCGUGGAUUUACCACGUGUCUUUGCUGUCUGCUGAAUGGCAACUUGCUUUGUGUUU